CAGAAACCGACCCGAUACCGAUUUCCUGAUCAACUUCAAUUCAUCAGAAAUUAGGGGUAUCAAUUUCCCCAAUUCAUCGUCUGUUGUUCCGGAGAUUUAAAGCAAUCAAGCUAUGGGAGGCCACGGAGGUUUGAACAUUCUUCCACAGAAGCGAUGGAACGUGUACAACUUCGAUAACCGUGAGAAAGUAAAGCGGGACGAGGAAGCCGCGGCUAAAGAGGAACAGCUCAAGCAGGAACAAUCUCGUAAGCGCGAUUCCGAGUAUCGGCUCGAGCAGCUCCGUCAAGCCCGUGGCUUAUCAUCAUCAGCAGCGCCGUCGUCUUCAUCGUCUAGUCACGUCAAAAAAUCGUCAUCAGAACAGAAAUCGCCGGAGGAGAAACCGGGAAAGAAGGAUUCUAACCACAUCAACUUGUUCGAAGGGAUUCGAAUCUUCGAUCCAGUUAAAGCAAAAGAUGAGGAGAAAGACGGAAGGGAUAAGAAGAGAGCGAAGAAAGAGCAACCGCCGAGAGUUAUUACUCCGGAGGAUGAGAAGUAUAGGUUAGGGUAUGGGAUUGUUGGUAAAGGAACGAAAUUGCCAUGGUAUUUGGAGAAACCGAAAGAGGAUUCCGGUGAAAAGAGUGACGAAGACAAUGAUUACUCCAGACCUGUGAAAAAGAGUAAUGGGAAAAAGACAGUGGAGGAAUUGCGACAAGAGAGGUUGGAGAGGGAGAGGAAGGAGAAGGGAAGAGAAAGAGCUUUGUUAAUGGAGAAGAAUCGAAGAGAUGGAGGAUUCUCGCGACGAAGAUGAGGUGAGCAUUGGCACUUUAAAGUUGCUAAUGAGUUAGUCGGUCUGCUUUGUAAAGAUCAUUACUUGGUUUGAUUGUUUACAAUUUGUUAAUGUUUUUCAAUGUAAUAAGCUAUCAAUUCUGGUGAUUCGUAAAGCUUUGUGAAGAUCAUUGCUUGUAGUUCAGAUUUUCAUGUAUUUCAACUUCUUUCAAGCUCGUA